UCAACCGGAAGUUAGCGACACUUCGCACCAGAGCAUCGGCUUCCUCCUCUGGUUCAUCAUGAAUCCGCUGACGAAGGUGAAGCUGAUCAACGAGCUGAAUGAACGUGAGGCUGACCUCGGGGUCAAAGAGUCCGUCUCCUGGCACAGCGAGUACAAAGACAGCGCCUGGAUCUUCGUCGGAGGGUUUCCCUACGAGCUGACCGAAGGCGACCUGAUCUGCGUCUUCUCUCAGUACGGAGAAAUCGUCAACAUCAACCUGGUGCGCGACAAGAAGACGGGGAAGUCCAAAGGGUUCUGCUUCGUGUGCUACGAGGACCAGCGCAGCACCAUCCUGGCCGUGGACAACUUCAACGGCAUCAAGAUCAAAGGCCGGACGAUCCGAGUGGACCACGUUAAGGACUACCGUCCCCCCAAAGACUCCGAGGACAUCGACGACAUCACCAAGCGCCUCAGGGAGGACGGCUGCGCUCCCAAAGCUCCAGAACCGUCUUCAUCCUCAGAGGAAGACGAGCUGUACGACGUUCCUGUGAAGAAGCCAAAGAAAGACAAGAAAGAGAAGAAGAAGAAGAAGAAAGAGAAGAAGGAGAAGAAGAAGGCCGAGAAGGAGAAGAGGAGCAGAGCAGCAUCUUCAUCACCUCCUUCUGCCGCCGUCAGAGUCAAACAGGAGAAAGAAGACGCCGCCUACGACAAGUACAACCAGAGGGGGGCGCCACCGCCGGGAGGACAGCAGAACGGACAGAGAGCCAGAGAAGAAGAAGAGCGCCGGAGGAACAGAGACAGAGAAGAAGAACGGAGACGAGAUGACAGAAGAGACGACAGGAGACGAGAGACGGACAGAGAAAGAGACGAUAGAAGAAGAACGUCGGACAGAGACGAGGACAGAAGACGAGAUAGAAGAUAGAAAACCAGAGAAGAGACUCUAAACUCUGGAACAGUUCAUUAUCUGUAAACUCCAUCAGGACUGAAGGACACAAAACGACAACAUGCUGUGACCUGUGGGCACCAAGACGCUGCUUCACAACACUUGUUUUUACACAUUUGAUCAAGAAUCGGAUCAUAUUUCACUGUCGGCUCUAAAUCCUGAACCACACGUCAUCCCUGCCUGGUUUGUGUUUUCGUUGGAUAAACACGUUCGUUUGUCACUAAAUUCACUCUGAGUUAUGGAAACGUCCUUCAGGAGGAACAAUAAUGAUGGUGUUCAACAUAAAUACAUGUUCAUGAAUCAUCCGAGGAGCUAAUCAGUAAAUAAGAGCUGAAACCAACACACGUUAUUCUGCUUUUUAUUUGAAUUUCAGCUUUUAUUCAAUGAUUAGUUUCUUGAUGAGGAUUUUGUUCAGGAUCUUUACAGGAUUUAUUUUUUCUUGAUGUGUAUUUUGCUGAAUUUAGCAUCAGAAUAUGUGUGAUGGAGGAUUUAAAGUUUGUACUGUUUAAAUGACUUUUCUAAUAAAACGUCUUCUGGCGUAUUAGACGUA